GAUAAAAAAAUCCAAUGACAAACAUUGAAAGAAAUAAUUUUAUUAAAAAUAUUGCAUUUUAAAAUAAAGCUUUAUAUUUAAAGUUUCUUAUUAAAAAAUAUUUAGUUACAUUUAAGAGCUCAAGGCAAGUAGUUAUUUAGUUUUUUAUUUAAUUGAAAAAAAAAAAUGUUCGGAAAAUUUAUAAUUUUUACGCUUUUCAUGGCAUUUAUGGCCUGGCAAAUGGUACAAGCGAAAGAUACUACUCUAAUACCCCCGCGUUCUGGUGACAAACAUUUAAAAAAUACUACUGUUUGUCACACCUGUUAUGAUGUCAACCAAUGUAAAUCUCCCCAAACUUUGAUUUGUGAUCAAAAGUCAGCUAAUAUUACAAAUCAAGCGCUGGCCAUGUACUUCUCCAAUGUGAUUAAUAUUACCGGUCAAGAAUUUGAAUGUUUAAAAACUACAUAUUCAUACAAAAAUUCCACUGUUAUUGACAUAAGAGGCUGCAUUAAUGUUGGUGUUAAUGCCUGUGGUUUGAUUGCCAAAAAUACUACCUUGAAAAAGGAUAAUUGUAAAACUUGCAAAAAGGAUUUAUGCAAUCCAGCUGGCACUUUCUCUUCCAGCACUUUUGCUAUGAUGUUGUCUUCCAUCUUUGUUUUCGUUUCAUUGAAGUAUUUGCAUUUUUAAGUUAAACAAUUAAUAAAGAUUUUUGGACAAAA